AGCUGCGGGGUGGGCGGUAGGCACCGGGGGCGGCGCCGGCCAUCGCCCGCCUUUCUUCCCUCUUUUCCUGGUCUGGAGCUCCGCACGGAGAGGCGUCGGGAGCUGCGGGGGCUGUCGGCGGUGCCGGGUUAUCCAAGCAUGAGCACCCAGAUGUUCGAGGGCAAAGGCCAUGCGGCCGUCUACCAAAAAUACAGGUUUGCACCCGGGAAAGAGCUGCAGCAAACCAUCCUUGCCUACCUGCAGGAAAAGAAGGCAAUCCCUGCUGAGCUGGUGGUGGACGUCGGCUGUGGGACCGGACAAGGCACCCGCUUCCUUGCGGAGCACUUCAAGAAGGUGGUGGGGACGGACAUCAGUGAAGCACAGAUCCAGGAGGCCAAGGAGACCCUCUCCACGCCCAAUGUCUCCUACCUCGUGUGCCCUGCAGAGGAGCUGCCGUUCCCGGACGCCUCUGUGGAUGUCCUGGCCUCGUUCACGGCCGCGCACUGGUUUGACAUCCAGAAGUUCAUGAAGGAAGUGCAGCGGGUGGUGAAGCCGGGCGGCUGCGUGGCCAUCAGCACCUACACCGUGGACAUGAGCGUGCGCUACGGAGAUUGCUCUGAGAAGCUCACCAAAAUCUUCAAGGAGUGCUGGGACCAGAUUUUAAAAUACUCACAUAAUAGACUAAAAUUCGUCUUGGAAAACUACAAAGAGAUCUUCGAGGCCUUGCCAUUCCCAGACAAGAAGAGAAUCACUGAUAUCUAUGACGGUAUCCCCAUGACUGUCGAGGGUGUGGUUGGCUACAUGGAGUCUGCCUCUCCGUAUCAAACCUUUCUGAAGAAUGACCCUGAAGCUGCAAAGUCCCUCCUCCAAGAGACUGAAAAGAGGAUGCUGGAGACAAUGGGUGUUUCUUCCCGCGAAACCCCAGUGGAGUUCUUGGUGAGGCACGUCUGUGUGCUGGGGUGCAAGGGACGGUGAAAGAGGAAACCCUCCUGCUCUGGUGCUAAAAUGGAACGAAAACGUGGGUUGUCUCCUAAUACCCCACUUGUAGCCGCUCUUAUUCUUUGCGAAGAUUGAUGCUGAUUUCAGUGAUUUUGAUUUUCUGUGGAAGGCAGAGGGGGUUUUAUGCUUCUGGGGCUCCUACCCACUUUGGUCCUGCAGUGUGCCCAGUGCUGCCCCCUUGGCACUGGAAGGGUCCCGUUUCGGGCUGGUGGUGGUUGGAUUAUAUGUGGGGAAGAGAAUCACAGCACUUGCCGUGAAACUCGCUGAAUUUCUUACACAAUUAAUAAUAAUUAAAAA